GUGGUGGAGGCUGACGCCCAGCAGCCCGGUAGAUUGUGCGACUUUGCUUCUCUCGUGAUAAGCAUUGAGAGCAAUCAGUAUCACUGCACACAACCUUGCACACAAGGUCAUACCGAGGUCUUUUGACCGUUCAUUUGCAUUUGUUGUUCGCGCUCGUUUAUCGUCAACGCUCUUCGUCCAAACAGUCGAACUACGAAAUCGCUAUUUCGUUCUACCACGAAUCUCCAUCUACGAUGCACGAUGGAGUCGAUCGAGAUGUGCUGGAUACCCCCGGGAAUCCGCGCUCUACAUGUAAGCCUAACUAAAAGCGAAAUUUCUGGCUCCUGCUUGUGCGCGAGGAGAUAUCGACGUUGUCAUGCUGGAGCAAUGCGAAAAGAAAUAAAAAGAGUAGCUGAUUGAACGAUAACGGUGAAAAGAAGAGAGAUAGCUAGCUCACGGUCGUUCACUUCGCAUAUGAAUUGUGAUAACGCGCCAAAUCACUAGCAAGAUGAAGUCGCCGAUUGUGUCUGGAGUCUUCCUCCUGUAUCUCUGCUGUGCCAAUUUGCCGGGUGUCGUCAUGAACUUCGACCCGUUAUGUGGUGGUCACUUAACGAGUCUUAGGGGCGUCAUACAUACGCCGAAUUUUCCUGGACCGUUUCCGGUACCGAUCAAGUGUCGGUGGGUGAUCGACGUGUCUGAUAUCCCAUCAACUAACAGUUCUAUCGUCGUCUACUUGACGCAGCUUUACGUUUAUAAGGGGCUUCGCUUCACCGAGUACGCAUAUUACGAAUCUGAGACUAUGAAUUUUGGAGCAGCUUUGAUAAAGGAGGUGACUGAAGGUAACGUCUUCGAGUACCGGCGCCUCAGGACUUUCAGACCAUUCCUGGUGAUCGAGUUUGAGCUGGAUCGCCUCGAAGGCAAUCACAUCAGAGUAUUGAAUGAUUUGCUCGACGUGUAUGGUUUUAAUGUGACAUAUGAGAUGACUGAAGAACACCCGAAUCCAGAGUCCUGCACUGUACGUGAUUGCUCCUUCGCAGGAAAUUGCCUCGUCUCUGUGGAUCACACAUUUUUCUGGUGCGAUUGUUUCGACGGUUUUAGCGGAAGAAGCUGUAACGAAGGUUCAUUGUGUUUUAACGAUGAGCAUAAUCCAGUUUGUCAAAAUGGAGCUACAUGCAGACAAAUUGGGGCAGAAGCAAUGCGUUGUGAUUGCCUUGAUGGCUACGUUGGGCAUAAUUGUGAAACUCGUCUUUUGGACACUUUGGAUACAGAAUGCGCUUCGGAAAAUUGCAUACUGCAGUGUCCUAUCGACGAGCAGCAGCAGCCAUGUAGCUGUAAAGACGGCACAAAAAUAUAUAAUAAUCGAUCAAGAUACGAAUGCAGAAUCAAGUUGUCUAAUGUUACGUCU